AUGUUUCCCACGCGCGCCCUGCUGGGCCGCUCGGUCUGGAAAGGUCCGAACAUUGUCCCCCUUCCUCUCCCGCGCACCUUCCCUCCGCCUCCCAACACUCCUCCGAUCCGCACCCAGAAGCGCAGCGCAACCAUCCUACCCAACUUCGUGGGCCUGCGCUUCGCUGUUCACAAUGGCAAGACCUACCAAGAAGUCACAAUUACCGAGGAGAUGGUCGGCCGCAAGCUCGGUGAAUAUGUUGCGACCCGGAAGCGUUUCACAUACAAGCAGUCCAAGAACAAAUAA